CUACAGAUAUCAUUAAGCACUUCAUGAAUAUAAAAACCUCAAUCAUUUCGCAAUUACCACGUCAAAUUAGUUCAAUCAUUCAUUUAUUCAACAUGUGCCUAAGUUGUUGUAUUUGCAUUUCAAAAAUUUGUGAAAAUCAAGACACAGUUUCACUUCCGUGUGGUCACUUGUUCCAUAAAAAAUGUGCAAUGGACUGGUAUCAAGGUGGAUUGCAUAACAAAUGUGCUUAUUGCCGUCGUAGUUUUGAUUCUAAGGAUAUAAGGGAACACUCUUUAACUAUUGUUGACUGCACAAUGACGAGAAAAUAUAGGGAAAGGAUUAAUAAGCUAAAGAUGGAGGAUCAGUCAAAGUCUAGCCAAACUCAACAAAUUCGAUUGAAUGAGCAGUUGAAGCAGGAGAACUUUCAUAUACAUAGAUCUUUUCAUGAUUCUCAGGAUCUGAACUUUGGACUGCUGGUCCUAGCAAGUGAGAUCUUAGAGUUUACAGUUGAUGAGCUGAAAAGCAUGGAUACAUACUCUGAAACCCAUGAUGAAAUCUUUAAAUCAUUUUGGAGCCAACUUACUCAGUAUAUUGACACUUAUAAUCAAUUGUAA